AUGACAACACCUGCUAGCUCUGACAAAGUUUAUGAAGAUGCAUUGAUUGAAUUCGACUCUUAUACUCGUCCACAACCUAUGAUUGAUGGUAACUUACCGCGUCUUGACCAUACAUUAUCAAGACUACCUAAUAAUGCAUUAUCUCGAAUGCAUUUCAAAACAACGCAACAAAAGGAGCUGACAGAAGCAAUCGGCAUACAACUGAACAAGCUUUCCGAUAAAACUUCCCUAAAUGACAUACAUUUAAAAAUAUUACAGACAAAACUUUCAUUAAAAGCAGAACGUGAGAUUGAAGAGCGUAAACUUGAGGAGAUAAAAAGUCACGAUCGUCCAUUGUAUUACCAAUUGCCCAGUUCUGGGGUCAAGGACUUUUAUAGUGAAAUCAAGAAUUUCCUCCCACCAAAUGUGAACCUUGGUGGAAGCAACGCAACAAUAAAGAAUAACAUGCCUCAUUUUUACCGCAACAAAUUAAAAACAAGUGACAACCAGGCUCAGAACCGGCACGAUACCGAAGAUGAGGAUGAAAUGGAGGAUGACAACAGUUCUUCCCCAACUGGAGAUUGGGAAAACCCUAUUGUCAAACAAGCAUUGUCGCGACAAGUGGAUCUAGAAUAUUACACCAAGUUAUUGUUGCGCAACAUACUAUAUUUGAUCGUUUUAUUGUUAUUCAAAUCGUUAGCUCGAAAGUUUACCAUAUUGUAUGAAAUAAACUUGAAAGCGCAGCCACUUUAUAAGCAAAUGAUGUACAACAGUCACUUCAAUUUUGACACAUUUGUGGGCAGCAUUUACUUCAAUAUUGCUGAACAGUUGAUCACGAUUUGGCCACUAGUUAGUAUACUUAUAUCAGUAGCCAAGUUAUUGAAAGGUCAAGACCAGUGUUGGGAUCUCCCAUUAAGCAAUAACCAGAGAAGGUUGAUCGGACUACAAGUGGACGAUGUUGGUGAAGAUAAAGAGAACGAAGCUGAUCUAAUAAUUAGGCAAAGAAAAUACGAUACAGCUCAGAGUUUGGCGAACAGCUCAGUACCCAAAUAUAAACAAAUGACCGAGUUUACACUCCUAAACGGGGAUUCAACAAAUAAUUUACAAGACAAGUUUGCCACGAAUCGAUGGGUUUACAAGUAG